CCACCCCCCGUCCCGGAGGCACACGGUCCUGCCCGGAGCUCGGCGUGCCCGCCGGAGGGAGGGAGCGGCGGCCGUCGCUGCGGCCGGGGCGGAAGGCGAGAGGGCCGGUAGCCGCGGCCCCAGAGCCGCCGCUUGAGAGGAGGAGAGCGGUGUUCCCGCACCUCCGGCCCCGGCCCGGGUGGAUGAGCGGCCUCCAGGGCGGCGGCGGCGGCUUUUGCGGCCUCUCCAUGGCUGGGCCCCGGCGGUGAAGGCAGCGGGAGCCGCCUGUGUCCGCGUCGCGCCGGGAGGCAGCGCAGCCACCAGGGGGCGGGCGGGGAGGGGGAUGAGCGCCGCAGCCGCCGCCGCCUCUGCGGGAGCCGCCGUCGCUGCCUGUACCGGGGCCGAGGGCGGCUUCUUCUUCUUUUCCAGCGGCUCCGGUCCGGCGGGGCCCAUGGGGCCCGAAGAGGGCUCAGGCGGCGGGCUGGGAGCCCUGCCCGGCGCCCUGGCGGCGCAGCCGCUGGGCUGCCGGAGCCGCUACCAGCUGCUGCUCUCCGGGAAGGCCCUAGCCGACAGAUACCGGAAGAUUUACACGGCGGCGCUGAGCGACCGGGAGCUGGGAAGCCACCCGGGCAGAAGUAAGAAACUUUUUAGCAAGAAAAAAUUGAAAAGGAAACAGAAGACUAAAUUGAAAGUAAAAACACGCAACAAGACUGAAAACCUAGAAAGUACAAUAACUAUACCAGAUAUCAGAUUACAUAGCAACCCUUCAGCUUUUAAUGUUUACUGCAAUGUCCGCCAUUGUGUGUUGGAGUGGCAAAAAAAGGAAGCAUCUGUAUCUUUGGCUUCAAAGAACAGUGUACAGAGUGGGGAUUCAGACAGUGAUGAAGAAGAGGAAUCCAAAGAGCCACCUAUCAAACUUCCAAAGAUCAUUGAAGUUGGAUUAUGUGAAGUCUUUGAACUGAUAAAGGAGACGAGAUUUUCUCAUCCAUCCUUGUGUCUCAGGAGCCUACAAGCCUUGCUUAAUGUGCUCCAGGGCCAGCAACCAGAAGGACUGCAAUCAGAGCCUCCUGAAGUCCUAGAAUCCCUGUUCCAGCUUCUUCUGGAGAUAACUGUCCGUAGCACAGGAAUGAAUGACAGUACAGGACAGUCCUUGACAGCACUUUCCUGCGCUUGCCUCUUCAGUUUGGUAGCAGCAUGGGGAGAGACAGGAAGAACAUUGCAAGCAAUCUCUGCUAUCCUCACCAAUAAUGGCAGCCAUGCUUGUCAGACUAUUCAGGUGCCAACCAUUUUAAACUCUCUUCAGCGGAGUGUACAGGCGGUUCUGGUAGGCAAAAUCCAAAUCCAGGACUGGUUCAGUAAUGGGAUAAAGAAGGCAGCCUUGAUGCACAAAUGGCCAUUGAAAGAAAUAUCGGUAGAUGAAGACGACCAGUGUCUCCUUCAGAGUGAUGGCUUUUUCCUGUAUCUUUUGUGUAAAGAUGGACUUUACAAAAUUGGCUCUGGAUAUAGCGGCACAGUGAGGGGCCAUAUAUACAAUUCUACAUCCCGCAUCAAAAACAGAAAGGAAAAAAAGUCUUGGUUAGGCUAUGCUCAGGGUUAUUUAUUAUAUAGAGAUGCAAAUAAUCACAGUAUGACAGCCAUAAGAAUAAACCCUGAAACUCUGGAACAAGAUGGUACAGUUGCUUUGCCAGAUUGUCAUACUGAAGGGCAGAAUAUCCUUUUCACUGAUGGAGAAUAUAUUAAUCAAAUAGCAGCAUCUAGAGAUGAUGGCUUUGUAGUGCGAAUAUUUGCAACAAGUACUGAGCCAGUACUGCAACAAGAGCUGCAGCUUAAGCUUGCAAGAAAAUGCCUACAUGCCUGUGGCAUCUCAUUGUUUGAUUUGGAGAAAGACUUGCACAUUAUCAGUACAGGGUUUGAUGAGGAAUCAGCUGUCCUUGGUGCUGGAAGAGAGUUUGCACUAAUGAAAACUGCUAGUGGAAAGAUUUAUUAUACAGGUAAAUAUCAGAGCCUUGGAAUCAAACAAGGUGGUCCUUCAGCAGGAAAAUGGGUUGAACUCCCAAUCACAAAAUCUCCAAAGAUUAUUCAGUUCUCUGUUGGACAUGAUGGCUCACACGCCUUACUUGUUGCUGAGGAUGGAAGCAUAUUCUUCACAGGUUCUGCUAGUAAGGGAGAGGAUGGCGAAUCAACUAAAAGCAGACGGCAGUCAAAACCAUAUAAGCCUAAAAAAAUUAUUAAAAUGGAGGGAAAGAUUGUCAUAUCUACAGCAUGCAAUAAUGGAAGCAGUUCUGUAAUUUCGAAAGAUGGAGAACUCUACAUGUUUGGAAAAGAUGCCAUUUACUCCGAUAGUACAAGUUUAGUAACAGAUUUGAAAGGCCAUUUUGUGACUCAAGUAGCCAUGGGCAAAGCUCACACCUGUGUGUUAAUGAAGAAUGGAGAAGUUUGGACAUUUGGUGUAAAUAAUAAAGGACAGUGUGGGCGAGACACAGGCUCCAUGAGCCAGGGAGGAAAAGGUUUUGGUGUGGAGAACAUGGCAACAGCAAUGGAUGAAGACCUAGAAGAGGAACUGGAUGAAAAAGAUGAGAAGUCCAUGAUGUGUCCUCCAGGCAUGCAUAAAUGGAAGCUGGAACAGUGUAUGGUGUGCACUGUAUGUGGAGAUUGCACAGGCUAUGGAGCUAGCUGUGUUAGUAGUGGGCGUCCUGACAGGGUGCCUGGAGGAAUCUGUGGCUGUGGCUCAGGUGAGUCAGGCUGUGCUGUAUGUGGCUGCUGCAAGGCAUGUGCUAGAGAACUGGAUGGCCAGGAAGCAAGGCAAAGAGGAAUCCUUGAUGCUGUAAAAGAGAUGAUACCUUUAGAUCUCUUGUUGGCUGUACCUGUUCCUGGAGUUAAUAUUGAAGAACACCUUCAGUUACGGCAAGAAGAAAAGCGGCAACGUGUAAAUAGGAGACAUAGAUUGGAAGAAGGAAGAGGCCCCCUUGUAUUUCCUGGUCCUAUUUUUAUGAACCAUCGAGAACAGGCUCUAGCCAGAAUCAGACCCCAUCCAGCACAGCUAAAGCAUAAACGGGACAAGCACAAAGACGGAAGUGGAGAAAGAGGUGAGAAGGAUGCCAGCAAAAUCACAACCUAUCCACCAGGGGCUGUCCGGUUUGACUGUGAACUGCGGGCUGUACAAGUCAGUUGUGGAUUUCACCAUUCAGUGGUUUUGAUGGAGAAUGGUGAUGUUUACACAUUUGGAUAUGGGCAGCAUGGGCAACUUGGACAUGGUGAUGUUAAUUCCAGGGGAUGUCCCACAUUGGUGCAGGCAUUACCAGGUCCUAGUACACAAGUUACCGCUGGGAGCAACCAUACAGCUAUUCUCUUAAUGGAUGGCCAGGUUUUCACAUUUGGAAGUUUCUCAAAAGGUCAGCUUGGUAGACCAAUUCUGGAUAUGCCCUACUGGAAUGCAAAACCAGCACCUAUGCCUAACAUAGGCUCUAAAUAUGGACGCAAAGCAACAUGGAUUGGAGCAAGUGGAGACCAGACUUUUCUCCGGAUUGAUGAAGCUCUCAUUAAUUCUCAUGUGCUUGCUACAUCAGAGAUAUUUGCAAGCAGGCAUAUAAUAGGUUUGGUACCAGCUUCAAUAUCAGAACCUCCUCCUUUUAAAUGUCUUCUGAUAAACAAAGUAGAUGGCAGUUGCAAAACAUUCAAUGAUUCUGAGCAGGAAGACCUUCAAGGUUCUGGUGUGUGUCUGGAUCCUGUCUAUGAUGUUAUUUGGAGGUUUCGACCAAACGCUAGGGAACUGUGGAGUUACAAUGCAGUAGUUGCUGAUUCCAGACUUCCCUCAGCUCCAGACAUGCAAUCCCGGUGUAGUAUUUUGAGUCCAGAACUUGCUCUACCAACAGGUUCCAAAGCUCUAACCACCAGAUCUCAUGCAGCUUUGCACAUUCUAGGUUGUCUUGAUACUUUGGCUGCUAUGCAGGACUUAAAAAUGGGUGUUGCAAAUACAGAAGAAGAGACUCAAGCAGUAAUGAAAGUUUAUUCUAAAGAAGACUACAGUGUUGUUAACAGAUUUGAAAGUCAUGGAGGAGGCUGGGGUUAUUCAGCCCACUCAGUAGAAGCAAUCCGCUUCUGUGCUGAUACAGAUAUUUUGUUAGGUGGUCUUGGUCUUUUUGGAGGUAGGGGUGAAUACACUGCUAAAAUAAAGUUGUUUGAAUUGGGUCCAGAUGGGGGAGACCAUGAGACUGAUGGAGACCUUCUUGCUGAAACAGAUGUCUUAGCAUACGAUUGUGCUGCUAGAGAGAAGUAUGCAAUGAUGUUUGAUGAACCGGUACUCCUGCAAGCUGGCUGGUGGUAUGUAGCUUGGGCAAGAGUGUCAGGACCUAGCAGUGACUGUGGAUCUCAUGGACAGGCCUCUAUUACUACAGAUGAUGGUGUUGUAUUUCAGUUUAAAAGUUCCAAGAAAUCAAAUAAUGGUACAGAUGUUAAUGCGGGGCAGAUCCCACAGUUACUGUACAGGCUGCCAACAAGUGAUGGCAGUGCAUCCAAAGGAAAACAGCAAACGAGUGAACCUGUGCAUAUUUUAAAGAGAUCUUUUGCCAGAACUGUCUCAGUGGAAUGCUUUGAAUCUUUAUUGAGCAUCCUUCACUGGAGCUGGACAACACUGGUGCUGGGAGUUGAAGAACUGCAUGGACUUAAAGGAUUCCAAUACACUGCUACUCUUUUGGAUUUAGAAAGGUUGCGUUUUGUGGGCACUUGCUGCCUGAGGUUGCUGAGGGUCUACACCUGUGAAAUAUAUCCAAUAUCGGCUACGGCUAAGGCAGUUGUAGAAGAAACCAGCAAACUGGCAGAUUGCAUUGGAAAAACUAGGACCUUGCUGAGAAAAAUUUUAUCUGAAGGUGUUGACCAUUGCAUGGUGAAGCUGGACAAUGAUCCACAAGGAUAUCUCAGUCAGCCUCUCAGUCUUUUAGAAGCUGUUCUUCAGGAAUGCCAUAAUACAUUCACAGCUUGCUUUCAUUCAUUUUAUCCAACACCAGCUCUCCAGUGGGCAUGUCUUUGUGACUUGCUGAAUUGUUUGGACCAGGACAUUCAAGAAGCAAACUUCAAAACCUCCAGUAGCCGGCUUCUUGCUGCUGUUAUGUCAGCUCUCUGCCAUACAUCAGUAAAACUGACCUCUAUCUUUCCAAUUGCUUAUGAUGGAGAGGCGUUGUUGCGAUCAAUGGUUAAACAAGUCAGCACUGAGAAUGACUCUGCUCUGGCCCAUCGUUUUCCUCUUUUGGUUGCACACAUGGAAAAACUUAGUCAGAGUGAAGAAAAUGUUUCAGGGAUGACAAGCUUUCGGGAAGUUCUGGAAAAGAUGUUGGUCAUUGUUGUUUUACCAGUACGGAACAGCCUUAGAAGAGAGAAUGAACUUUUCUCUUCACAUCUGGUUUCUAAUACUUGUGGGUUGCUUGCUAGUAUUGUGAGUGAGCUUACAGCAUCAGCAUUAGGAUCUGAGGUUGAUGGGCUGAACUCUCUCCAUUCUGUCAAAUCCACUCCAAACCGAUUCACUAAAACAAGUCAGGGAAGAAGCUGGAAUACUGGGAAUGGAUCCCCUGAUGCAAUAUGUUUCUCUGUUGACAAACCUGGUGUAGUUGUAGUAGGAUUUUCUGUUUAUGGUGGAGGAGGAAUUCAUGAGUAUGAGUUGGAGGUAUUAGUUGAUGAUAGUGAUCAUACUGGAGAUUCAACUCAUUCUCAUAGAUGGACAUCUUUAGAGUUGGUUAAAGGAACUUACACCACAGAUGAUUCUCCCAGUGACAUAGCUGAAAUCAGACUUGACAAAAUUGUGCCACUGAAGGAAAAUGUGAAAUACGCAGUUCGUUUGAGGAAUUAUGGAAGCCGGACUGCCAAUGGAGAUGGAGGAAUGACCACAGUUCAGUGUCCAGAUGGUGUAACGUUUACAUUUAGUACAUGUAGUCUGAGCAGUAAUGGCACAAACCAAACACGAGGACAAAUUCCACAGAUUCUUUAUUACAGGAGUGAGUAUGAUGGAGAUCUGCAAUCACAGCUUUUGAACAAAGCUAAUGAAGAAGAUAAAAAUUGUAGCAGGGCUCUUUCUGUCGUGAGUGCUGUUGUACGGGCAGCCAAAGACCUGUUGCACAGGGCUCUUGCUGUAGAUGCUGAAGACAUUCCAGAACUACUCAGCUCUUCCAGUCUGUUUUCAAUGCUGCUUCCCCUCAUAAUAGCCUACAUAGGACCAGUAGCAGCAGCUAUUCCCAAGGUUGCUGUUGAGGUCUUUGGCCUAGUACAACAGUUACUUCCUUCUGUGGCAGUUCUGAAUCAGAAAUAUGCCCCUCCAGCUUUUAACCCAAAUCAGUCUACAGACAGCACCACUGGAAACCAACCGGAGCAAGGGCUUUCAGCUUGUACUACCUCCAAUCACUAUGCUGUUGUAGAAAGUGAGCAUCCCUAUAAACCUGCCUGUGUUACGCACUAUAAGGUGACUUUUCCUGAAUGUGUCAGGUGGAUAACAAUAGAGUUUGACAUUCAGUGUGGCACUGCUCAAUCAGAGGAUGUUCUUCGUUUACUAAUUCCUGUCAGAAUUGCACAGAGUCUGGGAUUUGGACCAAAGCAUGCUUCUGUUCAUGAAAACCUUAAUUCAUGGAUAGAACUGAAAAAAUUCUCUGGAUCUUCAGGAUGGCCCACCAUGGUAUUAGUAUUGCCAGGAAAUGAAGCUCUUUUUUCUCUGGAGACUGCAUCAGACUAUGUGAAGGAUGAAAAGGCUUGUUUUUAUGGUUUCAAAUGUUAUGCAAUUGGAUAUGAAUUUAGUCCAGGAUCUGAUGAGGGUAUUAUUCAGCUGGAGAAAGAACUGGCAAAUUUAGGAGGAUCAUGUGCAGCAGCUUUGAUGAAGAAAGAUCUAGCUCUUCCUAUUGCAGGUAAUGAAUUUGAAGAAGAUCUUGAGAUACUUGAAGAGGCUGCCUUACAGGUCUGCAAAUCUCACUCCGGCAUUCUUGGGAAAGGCUUGGCACUAUCUCACUCACCAACCAUUUUGGAAGCUCUCGAAGGAAAUCUUCCACUGCAGGUACAGAGCAAUGAGCAGUCAUUUCUGGAGGAUUUCAUUGCUUGUGUACCAGGAUCCAGUGGUGGACGACUUGCAAGGUGGCUUCAGCCAGAUUCAUAUGCUGAUCCUCAAAAAACAUCAUUGAUUUUGAAUAAGGAUGACAUUCGGUGUGGCUGGCCAACUGUUAUUACAGUACAAACAAAAGACCAGUAUGGGGAUGUUGUUCAUGUUCCUAAUAUGAAGGUAGAAGUCAAAGCUAUUCCUGUUUCUCAGAAAAAAACAUCUUUGCAACAAGAACAAGUUAAAAAGGUGCAACGAAUACCAGGGAGUCCUGCAACAGCUGCUUCCCCUAGCAGUGAUAUGACCUUUGGAGGACUUCCUUCACCAAAGCUUGAUUCUUCCUAUGAGCCAAUGAUAGUAAAAGAAGCUCGAUAUAUUGCAAUUACAAUGAUGAAGGCAUAUGAAAAUUAUUCUUUUGAAGAACUACGCUUUGCUUCACCAACACCAAAGAGACCCAGUGAAAACAUGUUGAUCAGAGUCAAUAAUGAUGGUACAUACUGUGCAAACUGGACUCCAGGAGCUGUUGGUCUCUAUACCAUUCAUGUUACUAUAGAUGGCAUUGAAAUAGAUGCUGGGCUAGAAGUGAAAGUAAAAGAUCCUCCAAAAGGAAUGAUACCUCCAGGAACACAACUUAUUAAACCAAAAGCAGAGCCUCAGCCAAACAAGGUUUGGAGAAUGGGAGAAAAACCCCAACCAUACAGUAAUAUUUGGGUUCGCAAAUUUGUGGCCAAGGACAGUGCAGGGCUUCGUAUCCGUAGCCACCCUUCCCUUCAGAGUGAGCAAAUAGGCAUAGUGAAAGUCAAUGGAUCCAUCACUUUCAUUGACGAGAUCCACAAUGAUGAUGGUGUUUGGCUGAGGCUGAAUGAUGAGACAAUAAAGAAGUAUGUUCCUAACAUGAAUGGUUACACUGAAGCCUGGUGUCUCUCUUUUAACCAACAUCUUGGCAAGAGCCUUCUGGUACCUGUUGACAAUGUCUUUAAUGCUAGCCAAGGAGUAAGGGAUUUGGACUUUUUUUCAUGGACUUCCAAAGCUUUACCCCCUAAGGAAUCUAGGUCUAAUACUGAUGAUUUUUUCAAAGACCUAAAUUCACACUGCCCACAGGAAGCAGUGAUGCAAGAACAAGAUAUGCCAUUCCUUCGAGGUGGACCUGGAGUGUACAAGGUAGUGAAGACUGGCCCGUCAGGUCACAACAUCAGAAGCUGCCCUAACCUUAGAGGUAUCCCAAUUGGAAUGUUAGUUCUGGGAAACAAAGUCAAGGCAGUGGGCGAGGUGACUAAUUCAGAAGGUACGUGGGUGCAGAUGGAUAAGAACAGCAUGGUAGAGUUCUGUGAAAGUGAUGAAGGCGAGGCAUGGUCAUUAGCUAGAGACAGAGGUGGAAACCAGUACCUCCGACAUGAAGAUGAGCAAGUCCUUCUAGAUCAAAACGUUCAGACUCCUCCUCCAAGUCCUUUUUCAAUACAAGCUUUCAGUAAGGGGACAAGCUGUAGUAACGGACAAGGGUUUGAUUAUGGCCUUGGAAAUAACAAAGUUUUGACUGUUUUGCCCACUACAGGUGACCAACUGAGUGCCAUACUGAAUUCCAUUCAGUCACGGCCAAAUCUCCCAGCUCCUUCCAUCUUUGAUCAAGCUGCAAAACCUCCCUCUUCCCUAGUCCACAGUCCAUUUGUGUUCGGACAGCCCCUUUCCUUCCAGCAGCCUCAGCCACAGCUUCAGAGUGACCGAAUGAAUUUCACAGGAGCUGCUAGACCGAUUUCUCCAGCAGGAAAAUCAGACAUGUCAUCAAAACACAGAGCUGACAGCAGGUCACCCAAGCUCGAUGUGCGAAUGAAUAGAGCUGCUGCUGACCAGAAGAAACCUAGGAAUACAGAAGGCUUGUCUGCCAGCGAGUCUCUUAUGCUGAAAUCAGAUGCUGCAAAAUUGCGGUCAGACUCUCACAGCAGAUCUUUGUCUCCAAAUCAUAACACUUUGCAAACACUAAAAUCUGAUGGAAGAACAACUACUGGUCUGAGAGCUGAAUCACCAGGGCCAGGAAACCGGUCAUCUUCUCCAAAGACAAAGACACUUACAGCUGUUAGAUCUGGUGCUAGUUCUCCACGAUCCUCAUCACCCCAUGACAAAACUCUACCUCAGAAAGCUCCUUCCCCUGUAAAAACAAAGCUUGAUCCUCCUCGAGAACGCUCCAAAUCAGAUUCUUACACAUUAGAUCCAGACACCCUUCGUAAAAAGAAAGUACCACUAACAGAACCCUUAAGGGGGAGGUCCACUUCACCCAAACCAAAAAUCAUUGCAAAAGAUGGAAAACCUGUUACAGAAACUGAAAAUAGAGCUCCUUCCCCUCAUGUGGUACAAGAAAAUCUUCACAGUGAGGUAGUUGAAGUAUGUACUUCAAGUACUUUAAAGACUGACAGCAUUACAGAUAGCACCUGUGAAGACAACACAGAAUUCAGAAGUCUGGAUGAUGGUUCUAAUAAAGUUCAUUUCAGCAUAGGAAAAGCACCGCUGAAAGAUGAGCAAGACAUGAGAGCAUCUCCAAAAGUGAGCCGUAAAUGUGCUGGUAGGCACACAAGACCCAAAAAGGAAAAAUCCAGCUUUCUUUUCAAAGGCGAUGGCUCCAAGCCCGUAGAGCCUGCCAAGCAAGCAAUGUCACCUUCCGUUGCAGAAUGUGCUAGAGCUGUAUUUGCUGCGUUUCUCUGGCAUGAAGGAAUAGUUCAUGAUGCUAUGGCUUGUUCAUCUUUUUUGAAGUUCAAUCCAGAACUGUCCAAAGAGCACGCACCAAUACGAAGCAGUCUUACUCAACAACCUGCAGAGGAAAAAGAAAACAAGUUGAAAAAUAGACAUUCGUUGGAAAUAUCAUCUGCUCUUAACAUGUUCAACAUCUCACCUCAUGGACCAGAUAUAUCUAAAAUGGGUAGCAUAAAUAAAAACAAAGUCCUCUCAAUGUUAAAAGAACCACCUCUGCAUGAAAAGUGUGAGGAUGGAAAAACUGAAACUACCUCCUUUGAAACGUCAAGUCAUCACACAACGAAAUCCAAGUCUCCUCUUCCAUUAACACUGCAGCACUUGGUAGCUUUUUGGGAAGAUAUUUCUUUAGCAACUAUUAAAGCAGCUUCCCAAAACAUGAUUUUUCCAAGUCCUGGUUCUUGUGCAGUGUUAAAGAAGAAGGAAAGUGACAAAGAUAACAAGAAAACCAAAAAAGAGAAAAAGAAAAAAGAAAAGGUUGAAACUAGGCCAAGGGGAAAUCUUUUCGGUGAGAUGGCCCAGCUUGCAGUGGGAGGACCUGAAAAAGAUACCAUCUGUGAGUUGUGUGGAGAAUCCCAUCCAUAUCCAGUGACUUACCACAUGAGACAAGCUCAUCCAGGUUGUGGCCGUUAUGCAGGUGGCCAAGGUUAUAAUAGCAUUGGGCACUUUUGUGGAGGAUGGGCUGGUAAUUGUGGUGAUGGUGGUAUUGGAGGAAGCACUUGGUAUUUGGUUUGUGAUCGAUGCAGAGAAAAAUAUCUCCGUGAAAAGCAAGCAGCAGCAAGAGAGAAGAUUAAACAAUCUAGGAGAAAACCAAUGCAAGUUAAGACUCCUCGUGCCUUGCCAACUAUGGAAGCUCAUCAAGUGAUUAAAGCCAAUGCACUGUAUUUACUGUCACUGAGUAGUGCUGCUGAGCCCAGUAUCCUCUGCUACCACCCUGCAAAAGCAUUCCAAUCUCAACUUCCCAGUCUCAAAGAAGGAAUUUCUGAAGACUUUCCCAUUAAAAUGCCAUGUCUCUAUCUACAGACUUUAGCAAGGCAUCAUCAUGAAAAUUUUGUUGGGUACCAGGAUGACAACCUUUUCCAGGAUGAGAUGAGAUACCUGCGCUCAACUUCAGUACCUGCACCGUACAUCUCAGUUACUCCUGAUGCAAGUCCUAAUGUCUUUGAAGAGCCAGAGAGUAACAUGAAAUCUAUGCCCCCAAGUUUGGAAACCAGUCCAAUAACAGAUACAGAUCUUGCAAAGCGUACAGUCUUUCAAAGGUCAUAUUCAGUUGUUGCAUCAGAAUAUGACAAACAGCACUCGAUUUUGCCAGCCCGUGUAAAGGCAAUCCCUAGGAGACGAGUCAACAGUGGAGAUGCAGAAGUGGGGUCCUCCCUCCUGAGACAUCCAUCUCCUGAACUUUCUCGGUUAAUCUCCGCCCACAGCUCUCUUUCCAAAGGAGAGAGAAAUUUCCAGUGGCCAGUAUUGGCAUUUGUAAUCCAGCAUCAUGAUCUGGAAGGACUUGAAAUAGCAAUGAAACAAGCCUUACGGAAAUCUGCUUGCCGAGUCUUUGCCAUGGAGGCUUUCAACUGGCUGCUUUGUAAUGUCAUUCAAACAACUUCUCUUCAUGAUAUUUUGUGGCAUUUUGUGGCUUCCCUGACCCCUGCACCUGUAGAGCCUGAAGAAGAGGAGGAUGAAGAAAAUAAAUCAAAUAAAGAAAAUGCAGAACAGGAAAAAGACACAAGAGUGUGCGAACAUCCUCUGUCAGAUAUAGUGAUUGCUGGUGAAGCAGCUCACCCAUUACCCCACACUUUUCAUCGCCUUCUCCAGACAAUCUCUGAUCUCAUGAUGUCUCUUCCCAGUGGUAGUGCAUUACAGCAAAUGGCCUUAAGGUGCUGGAGUCUCAAAUUCAAACAAUCUGAUCACCAGUUCCUGCACCAGAGCAAUGUUUUUCAUCAUAUCAACAAUAUUUUGUCUAAAUCUGAUGAUGGAGAUAGUGAAGAGAGUUUUAGUAUCAGCGUUCAGUCUGGUUUUGAAGUGAUGAAUCAGGAACUGUGUAUAGUGGUUUGUCUAAAAGACCUAACCAGCAUUGUUGACAUUAAAACAUCAAGCCGACCGGCUAUGAUUGGUAGUUUAACAGAUGGAUCUACAGAAACGUUCUGGGAGUCAGGAGAUGAAGAUAAAAACAAAACUAAAAACAUCACAAUUAACUGUGUAAAAGGAAUCAAUGCACGUUAUGUGUGUGUUCACGUAGACAAUUCCAGAGAUCUUGGGAAUAAAGUGACUUCAAUGACCUUCCUAACUGGCAAGGCGGUAGAAGAUCUCUGCAGAAUAAAGCAGGUAGACUUGGAUUCAAGACAUAUUGGCUGGGUAACCAGUGAACUUCCUGGGGGUGACAAUCACAUCAUCAAAAUUGAAUUGAAGGGUCCAGAGAACACACUAAGAGUUCGACAAGUGAAAAUUCUUGGAUGGAAAGAUGGUGAAAGCAUUAAGAUAGCAGGCCAGAUUUCUGCAAGUGUAGCUCAACAAAGAAACUGUGAAUCUGAGACGCUGCGAGUGUUCCGACUUAUUACAUCCCAGGUAUUUGGAAAACUCAUCUCUGGAGAUGCUGAGCCAACCCCAGAACAAGAAGAAAAAGCGCUGUUGUCUUCCCCAGAAGGAGAAGAAAAAGUACACAAUGCAACAUCAGAUGCAGACCUGAAGGAGCACAUGGUAGGGAUCAUAUUCAGCCGGAGCAAACUGACAAAUUUGCAGAAGCAGGUGUGUGCUCAUAUAGUCCAGGCCAUACGAAUGGAAGCAACCCGUGUGCGUGAAGAAUGGGAGCAUGCUAUCUCUAGCAAAGAGAACGCCAACUCGCAGCCGAACGAUGAAGAUGCUUCUUCUGAUGCUUAUUGCUUUGAGCUGCUCUCAAUGGUGCUGGCGCUGAGCGGUUCCAAUGUAGGCCGGCAGUACCUGGCUCAGCAGCUGACUCUGCUGCAGGAUCUCUUCUCAUUACUACAUACUGCUUCGCCCAGAGUGCAGAGACAGGUAACAUCAUUACUAAGACGUGUUUUGCCCGAGGUAACCCCUAGUCGUCUGGCUAGUAUCAUAGGAGUGAAGUCUCUUCCACCAGCGGAUAUAAGUGAUAUCAUUCACUCAACAGAAAAAGGAGAUUGGAAUAAACUAGGUAUCUUAGACAUGUUUUUGGGAUGCAUUGCCAAAGCUCUCACUGUACAGCUAAAAGCCAAAGGAACUACUAUAACAGGGACAGCUGGCACUACUGCAGGCAAAGGAGUUACUACAGUCACACUUCCAAUGAUCUUCAAUUCCAGCUAUAUUCGGCGAGGUGAAAGCCACUGGUGGAUGAAGGGUUCAACACCUACACAGAUUUCAGAGAUCAUUAUUAAACUCAUUAAAGACAUGGCAGCAGGUCAUCUGUCGGAAGCUUGGUCCCGUGUGACGAAGAAUGCUAUUGCUGAAACCAUCAUAGCUCUGACCAAAAUGGAAGAAGAAUACAGAUCACCAGUGCGGUGCAUUGCAACAACCAGAUUAUGGCUGGCCUUAGCAUCCCUCUGUGUACUUGAUCAGGACCAUGUUGAUAGACUGUCCUCAGGAAGGUGGAUGGGAAAGGACGGACAACAGAAACAGAUGCCAAUGUGUGAUAACCAUGAUGAUGGUGAAACUGCUGCAAUCAUUUUAUGUAAUGUCUGUGGGAAUUUAUGUACAGAUUGUGACAGAUUCCUUCAUCUCCAUCGGCGAACAAAGACUCAUCAGAGACAGGUUUUCAAAGAAGAAGAAGAAGCUAUCAAAGUUGAUCUCCACGAGGGUUGUGGUAGGACCAAACUUUUCUGGCUGAUGGCAUUAGCAGAUUCUAAAACUAUGAAAGCGAUGGUGGAGUUUAGAGAACAGACAGGCAAGCCGACCACCAGCAGUUCUGAAGCAUGUCGUUUCUGUGGAUGUAGGAGUGGAACAGAAUUAUCAGCAGUGGGAAGCGUUUGUUCUGAUACAGAUUGCCAGGAGUACGCUAAAAUUGCCUGCAGCAAGACACACCCCUGCGGACAUCCCUGUGGAGGCGUUAAGAAUGAAGAGCACUGCUUGCCAUGCUUGCAUGGCUGUGAUAAGAAUGCUACAACUCUGAAACAAGAUGCUGAUGACAUGUGCAUGAUCUGCUUUACUGAAGCACUUUCAGCAGCACCAGCUAUCCAGCUGGACUGCAGCCACGUUUUCCAUUUGCAAUGCUGUCAACGAGUACUAGAAAACAGAUGGCUUGGGCCAAGGAUAACUUUUGGGUUUAUGUCCUGUCCUAUUUGCAAGAACAAAAUCAAUCAUACAGUAUUAAAAGACUUGCUUGAUCCAAUCAAAGAACUCUAUGAAGAUGUAAGGAGAAAAGCUCUAAUGAGAUUGGAGUAUGAAGGGUUGCACAAGAGUGAGGCCAUCACAACACCAGGUGUUAGAUUUUAUAAUGACCCAGCUGGCUAUGCUAUGAACAGAUAUGCUUAUUAUGUUUGCUACAAGUGCAAAAAGGCAUAUUUUGGUGGCGAAGCUCGUUGUGAUGCUGAGGCUGGACAAGGAGAUGACUAUGAUCCAAGAGAGCUAAUCUGUGGCGCAUGCUCUGAUGUUUCAAGGGCUCAGAUGUGUCCCAAACACGGUACAGAUUUCUUAGAGUACAAAUGCCGCUACUGCUGUUCAGUUGCUGUUUUUUUUUGUUUUGGGACGACGCAUUUUUGCAAUGCUUGCCAUGACGAUUUCCAAAGAAUGACAAGCAUCCCUAAAGAAGAACUCCCACACUGUCCUGCAGGUCCCAAAGGUAAACAACUUGAAGGAACAGAAUGUCCACUUCAUGUUGUCCAUCCACCCACUGGUGAAGAAUUUGCUCUGGGUUGCGGGGUUUGCAGAAAUGCUCACACUUUUUAGACUAGCAUUUUUUUUUUACCAGAGCAAAACAGGUGCCCUCAUCCCUGAAAUGUCAUGAAAAUAAAGUCCAGCUGGGAUGAAGACGGGACCAUUUCAUAACCCAGGUAAAAGGAACAAUUUACAGUGCAAGAAGGAUGCCAAAUACCAUGUAUAUAAUUCUUGCUGUGAGAUAUUGACAUUUUUUGAACUGAGACAUCAAAACUUGUGAGGUGUUUGCAUGUGGCCAUUACAGUCAUUGGCUAGGAAACAUUGGACAUUUACAAAUAAAUAAUUGCUAUUAAAGGAUCUGUGUGUCUGUGGACUAUGAAUGAUGCUGGCUUUCAGGAGAAAGAAAAAAUAUUAAUUAUUGUAUACUGACUUUUUGUAAUCUUGUACAAUUGUAACGCAUCACAAGUGGGGAUGGGAAAGAGGAAUAUUCUGGUUUAUUUCCUAGACUGUUAUAAAAAAAAAUUGUGUUAGGAAGGCAUAAAUGUAACAAGUAUCAUGCUGUAUAUAAAGGUAUCAAUGUUUGUCCUGUAUAAGGAUUAUUAAAUUACAACAGCAGUUUCAUUUAAACUUCUGGGUUAUGUUUGAGCCUGAAAUUUUAAUGAAGUGCAAUACUGAGUGUGCCUCAUAUCUUGCAGCUGUAAACAUAAUGGAAUGUACAUGUCAAUAAAGCCACUGUACAUUUUUAUACAGUGAAAGUCUAA